GUUCAGGACCAACAGCAACAGGAGGCCAGGCCAGGGAGCAGCCACCGGCGUCGACACCGGCUGAAACAGCAUUACAAAUGCAACACAAUGUAUUAAAUGUAUAUUCGAUCUUUCUCACACUUCAAAGAUUAUAAACCUCACUCCCAAGCUCUUCACACGCUCUGUACUUUAGUCUGUUAUUCCCUGUUGUUAUCUACUCCCCAUUAAUGAUAUAAGGUAUAAAACACAUCUGUAUAUCAGCCUUCAACUCAAUCUGGAUCUGUCAGAGCAGCUUACACAGCCCUCAACUUGGUGCUGAUGUAUACAAAUGGACUGCAGGGCUUCAGAGUUGGCCUUCUCUCUGGACCCUCUUCCUAAAGACGAGCUGCCACCUGCCCCUACGCUAACAGAGGAAGACCUGGUGGAUUUGGAUGCCUACACUUUAGCCAAGUCAUAUUUUGACUUGAAGGAAUAUGACCGAGCAGCGUAUUUUCUCAAAGGCUGUCAGAGUCAGAAGGCUUAUUUCCUGUAUAUGUACUCCAGAUAUCUGUCUGGGGAGAAGAAGAAGGAUGACGAAACAGUGGACAGUUUGGGACCCUUGGAGAAAGGACAAGUGAAGAAUGAGUCUCUGAGGGAAUUGCGAGUUGAACUGAGCAAAAAACACAAAGCCAGGGAAUUGGAUGGAUUUGGAUUAUACUUGUACGGAGUAGUCCUGAGGAAACUGGACCUGGUUAAAGAAGCUAUUGACGUGUUUGUGGAAGCCACGCACAGUCUGCCUUUGCACUGGGGAGCUUGGCUCGAACUCUGCAACCUCAUUACCGACAAGGAGAUGCUCAAGCCCAUGGUGCUACCCAGUACAUGGAUGAAAGAGUUCUUCCUGGCUCACAUCUAUACGGAACUGCAGCUUAUUGAGGAGGCAUUGCAAAAAUAUCAGAACCUAAUUGAUGCUGGCUUCUCCAAAAGCACUUAUAUCAUCUCUCAAAUUGCUGUGGCUUAUCACAAUGUUCGAGACAUUGAUAGAGCUUUAACUCUUUUCAAUGAGUUACGAAAUCAGGACCCAUAUAGGAUAGAGAAUAUGGACACGUUAUCCAAUCUGCUGUAUGUUCGGAACAUGAAGCCUGAGCUAAGCUAUCUGGCUCAUAAUCUGUGUGAAAUUGACAAGUAUCGAGUAGAAACCUGCUGCGUGAUUGGCAAUUACUAUAGUUUAAGGUCUCAACACGAAAAAGCAGCCCUAUACUUCCAACGAGCAUUGAAGUUAAAUCCUCGCUACCUUGGUGCUUGGACACUAAUGGGUCAUGAGUAUAUGGAGAUGAAAAACAUAUCAGCAGCUAUUCAGGCCUACAGACAUGCCAUUGAGGUGAACAAACGAGAUUACAGGGCUUGGUAUGGACUGGGACAAACCUACGAGAUCCUCAAGAUGCCAUUUUACUGUUUGUAUUAUUACAGACGAGCCCAUCAGCUAAGACCCAAUGACUCUCGAAUGCUCAUUGCCUUGGGUGAAUGUUAUGAAAAGCUGAAUCAGCUGUCUGAAGCUAAGAAGUGUUACUGGAGAGCAUUUUCUGUUGGUGAUGUUGAGAAAAUGGCUUUGGUGAAACUAGCAAAAAUUCAUGAGCAGUUAGGUGAAUCAGAUCAAGCAGCACAGUGCUACAUCAAAUAUGUCCAAGAUAUCUGUGACUGUGGGGAGAUUCUGGAGCAUCAUGAAACAAGCACUGCAUUUCGAGCGCUGGCACAGUAUUAUUUUAAGUGUAAACGGUGGGAUGAGGCAUCAGUCUGCGCACAGAAGUGUUGUGAUUACAAUGAUACUAGAGAAGAAGGAAAAGCUUUGCUUAGACAGAUUUCACAGCUUCGUAGCCAGGGUGACGUGACACCAACACCCAUAGCUGCCGAUGUAUCACGGACAUUUGUCCCUGGAGUCAACACUCCCUCUGCAAAACUGCCACCACUCAACUUAUCUUCCAUCACACCAUGAAAAUGCCAGUGCUGUUAUCUGAAACCAACAUAACACACUAUUGAUUCUGUUCCCAUUACAACCUCAGUAGCUGUUGGUAACUCAGUUGAUAAUAGUUGGAUUUUGUAUUUCAUGGGAAGCAUAAUAUCUGCAUGUGUAAAUAUUAAAUAUGUUUAUAAAAAGUG